AUGAUUUGUGGAAUAUUGUACAUAUUUGGUAGUCUGCAUAACUACGAAUAUAUUAAAAACUUCUUCAGACCUUCCCCAUCCUGGAUAAAGAAUUACAGAAAUGUAUCAAAUAUAAUUGUAGAAUCUGGGAUUAUGUUUGUGGAGACAUCUGAUAAGGUUGAGCCAACACCAUUGACAGUGUGUUCAGUGGAGUCUGCUGCCCGGUUAAAUCCAGAAAAGCGUAUCUAUUUCUUCAUGAAGGAAUUCAGUGGCAAUUUAACACAGUAUCCACAACCUGACUAUGCUGGCAUCCCUUUGCUCUCCUCACUUAGUAAUGUUGAUGUUCUACCCUUGAAUCCCACUGAAUUGUUUGAAGAUACUCCCCUGAUUGCCUGGUAUCAAAAGGUAAAUCCAAAUGCGGAAAGAUAUUGGACCCAUGUACUUGCUGAUGGCUGCAGGUUAGCCUUGCUCUGGAAAUAUGGUGGGAUCUACCUAGAUACUGACAUUAUAUCACUGAAGCCAUUACCAUUUGCUAACUUUACCUGCUUAGAAGGUGGACGUUUCUUCAAUAAUGCAGCUUUAGGAUUUCAUUAUAUCCACCAUAAUUUUUUGUUGGACUGCAUGAAAGAUUUUGUUGCCAAUUAUCUUGGACAUGUUUGGGGCCAGCAAGGCCCAAGACUGAUAACACGUAUUUUGAAGCAGUGGUGUCAGUCCGAUAACCCAAGUGCCUUCACUGGAAAAGAAUGCAAUGGAAUCUCUUUAUGGGUCACAAGGCGGUUCUAUCCAAUCCCCUUUUCAAACUGGGGGAGCUACUUUGACCACUGGAAAAAGGAGGAUAUAGAGAGCUACUUCUCAGAUACUUACGGAGCUCACAUCUGGAACUAUAUGAAUUCCGGCAGAAAGAGAAAAGUAACUGCUGGAAGUGGAUCAUUACUUGAAUAUCUUUUUCAGAAGCACUGUCCGAUUACUUACAAAACUUUAGUUCGAUGAGUUGAAACUCCCCGUAUAUCCUGAGGUUUUGGGGACUUGAGGUCACUAAAUGUACAGAUGAUCCAAAAUAGUGUUACGGUUUGGAAAAACAAGCUGUGAAUCCCACCGUCACCUUUAUCAUUUGACUUGAUAACAUUUGCUCCAAUUGAGUUCCAUUGUAAAUGCUCGAUAAGGCAACACAAAGAUGGCCAUUUGCUCCAUAAGGAGCAUUAAAAAUCUCCAUUUAAAAAGGGCCAGAAUUUUCUCCUUCCUCAGAUGGUGAGAAGGGGAGAUAAUCAGGCCAAUUAAGAGGCACACCUUGAGAUGAGCGAGAAAGGUGACCAGUUACCUGAUUGGGGUUUGUGGAGAGCCUUCAUUUACCUCACAUACUGGGGGCAAUGGAGGUGAGGCUGGGGACAUUUGAAGCUCAUCCCCCGCCCUUGUCUCCAAAUCCCCUGACAACCAUCACCCAACAAACCCUGCCAUUCCCAACCUUCGAUUGGCCAGCAGCAUCUGGAAACACAGGAUGCCAGUGUUGAGACCUGUGACAGGGUGUGAUCCCUGCCCACACAUGCUUAUUGUCUCUUCAUGAGCGGACUGGCACAGAAUAUGGAGAGUUAUCUUAUCAGUGGGGUUAGUGUAUAAAUUGCCACCAAACAUACUCAGCCCAAUACUUCAGGAAAAUACGGAGAAAAUUGCACCUGUAGUGUUAAGGUUCUAUUGUGGAAUGUGUGGUUUGAAUUCUAUCUUCAGGAGUUUGAUUUCAAAGCAUAUUGUUUGGGUUCCUCUUGUGGUAAUGCUUAUUUUGUUCAGUGUCAAUCCUACCUGGGAAUGCUUGAUGCCAACUAAUUCAAUCUUUUCUCUAGAGUUCAAAAGUAGGGGAUAUAAUUUUAUGGAGAGGAGAAAGAUGUAAAAAUGACCUGAAGGGCAACAUUUUCACCUCCAGGCUAGUUUGUAUGUGAAAUGAAGUGGUAAAUGCACAUACAGUUACACCAUUUUAGAGACAUUUGGAUAGGUGCAUGAAUAGGAAAAGUUCCGAAGGAAAUAGCCCAUGUGCAGGUAUAAGGGACUACUUUAGUAUGGGAAACUUAGUCGGCAUGGAUGAGUUGGACCAAAGGGUCUGAUCCAUGCUAUAUAACUCUAUGGCCGGUUACUUUAAACCUGCAGCCUCUGGCUGUCCAGUCAUUUUGUGAGUGAGAACAUUUUCUCCACGUCUACUCCUUCCAAAUUGAUUUUGCAACUUUGAAUUCCUUCAUCAGAUUUCCUCUUAGCCAUUUUUUCCAAGCGCAACAGACAAACUUCUCCAUCCUAUCCUGAUAAUCAUUCCUCAUCCCUGGAGCCAUUCUCUCAAAUAUUUUGUACACUUUUUCUCUUAAAAACCUUCAUAUCCUUCCUAAAGUACAGCACUUACAACUGAGCGCGGUGAAUCGGUGUCUUGUAUAACUUCAUUAUAACCUCCUUACUCUAUAUCCCUAUCAACAAAAUUUGGGAUACAGCACAUGCCACAUUACCCACAUUCUCAAACUGUCCUGCCUCCUUUAAAAUAAUUCUGCAUGUAUACACACAGGCCCCUCUGGUCCAGCAGCCCUUUGAAAAUAGAUCCAUUUAUGUUAUAUUUUCUGAGUUCUUCCUACCCAAAAU